GACUCCAGUUGAUACAAUUGCAUCAUUAGAUUCCUUCUGUUUAUCAGUUUCUGAAGGGUAAAACCAAGAGCCAAAUUAAAUCAUUUUUCCCACCAAAUAGGAACACAACACUAUUUGUUCAAACUGAAAUGCAGUUCAGACAAGAGUAAAGUAGUUCAGUUCUGGUUUGUUUGGUUCAGUCUAAUACUGCACAUGCUUACAUAAAUUGGAUGAGCCAAAAACAUUGGAGAGCAACGUUAUUAAACAAUAUGCAGCUAAUUCUGAGAUAACAUAUUUUCCACUUUAGGAUUGCUGAUAGCAAAUGGUUACUGCUUACCACUUCAGAAGGAAGCUCGAGUCUAUCAAUAACCUUGAAACUACCGGUCAACGCACAGCAAUGAAGGAGCUACAGAAGGAAGCUCGAGUUUAAAUGAAAAAUUACUUGGGAGUGGGAAAUGGGUUAAUAAAGUAGCACCUGGCUUCUGAUUGCACCAAUCAAUGUAUCUUGGCAUCUAAAUGCAUGUACAUUCUUCAAAUUUGGGAACUGAAGUAGCAUGCCGCUCUGGAAAAUAUUUAAUUCUUACAAUCAUAAAAGAAGUUACUAACUUGACAACCUGAUGAGAAAGUUAAGGACAUAAUACCUGAGUGUACGUUUGUACAAUAGUUGAGGUUCAGAUCAUUCAACUAUGGGCAUUUCAAUACAAAGUCUGCCAUGUGUGAAAUUAGUAGUGCAUACAAGACUACUGAAAUUGAAAUGCAUUAUUUUUUCUUAUUCUUCGAUACCAACAAAAGAUACUCUUUUGUUACAGUGAUCUAACAUUAAAUAGUUUUGGAAUCAUCAUAGUUAUUACGAUGAUAUGUCCCUGUUUUCCUAAGAACUUUAACAACAUAAUAAGCAAAUUAUAAAAUAUCCAAUUGUGUCAUAACCAAGUCGCAAUCCUGUAUGUGAAUUAUAAAAUAUCCAAAUGAAGAAGCAUUGAUCAGAAUUCGAAAUAUAAUUACAGAAUUUAUAUUCAAAAUAAGAAGCAUCGAUCAGAUGAAGGAGCGUCAACAUUGAUAGAUAAAAUAUAAUUUCCAUGUAUCUGGCUGACAGCAUGCAAUUUAUAUUCCCUGAGUCAUGGAUACAAUAUUGAUAAUCAAACAAAGAUGUUAGAUAGAUCAGAAAUGAAGAAUGAGGUGAUACAUGGAAAUCUCUAUAUGUAUUAGUGUCACCAUGGAUAUACUCUAGACACUGAACUUUGUAUAACCAAAACAAAGUUGUACCCUUUCUGUCCAUGAUAAAGUUUUUUUUUUUUGCUUCCGUUCUUAAUAGAAAGUGAGCACUCUCCUGGUCACCGCCUAGCCUCCCCGGAUCUGUCUUCCUCCGUACCCAGGCGCUACUCGCCCCCCCUCAGUGUGACACUGACCGACGGGUCCCUUAUCGGCCUCCGAUUAUAAUUGUUGGUCUGUUGAGUAUGUGCAGUUCUGUUUCCCUAAACCCAUGCAGUGUGUGCUCCCAGUUCAUCACUCGCCUCAAGAAAGAUGUGGCGCUCUUGGGUCUGAAGUUGCCCUCCUACAGAGAUGGAGAAGGAAUCUUUGGUGGCUGACGCAGGUCCUAGUAGGUACCUUGUGACCUCAAUGCUGGACAGUCUUGCUGAAUUCCGUAACAUACCCUUCUAUACGAAUAAUUUAAAGUAUCCCUGGGAGGAAGAUGAGGAGGAGAUUAAGGCGAAUGAAUACGAUGGAAUUGAUUAUAAUAAAGUAUCGAGCAAACCAUGGCCAUCCAUGCCAUAUAGAUCUAGUAAGAGAAGAGGGGGAAGAGGAAGCAAUUCUGUUGAUCCCCAACAUGGGAAAUGGCCUCACCGCAAGAAAGUGGAUUCGCCGCAACCGCUCUUAACUAGUGAAGAAGUUCUUCGUGUUCGUUUGGACAUGUACAAUUUGAAAGAAUCUCAGAAUUCAGAAGAGUCCCUCUUCAAUUGCCUCACAUCUAAGGAGGAGCUGAAGGUCAACUUCCCUCACACCAUGACAUACUAUUAUCAUUCCAUUCGUGACGGCCUGAAAGCAAAGUCUUACCCGCACUUCUUUCACCAAUUUGUUGGGAAGUUUUCAUCUCCAUGCUGUAACUAUAUUGAACCUACGACUCUGGAAGGUGAUUUGCAAUACAUCGAUUUCUUUGACAAACUAAUGGAGUCAGCGAGGUACAGAGAGACCAAAGACGGGGUGCUAGCCAAGGCUAUUGUCAUUGCAAACAAGUUUUUCCAAAAAAUGCUGUUUUUUCAAAUUAGGAUUGCUGUUGAUGAGUACUUACAGCUCAUGCAUCAUCUCGAGAAGAUGGCGCAGAGGCAUAAGCUGUACUAUUACAUUGUGCAUGAAGAGCUAAUUGAGAAAAAGGAGCGUAAAGCUAUUUUCAAGCACAUCCAAGAAGGAAGAGUUCGUUUAUUCUAUGAUCUUACCGAGUUUGCUGCUCUAGAGUUGGAGGAUUGUGAAUAUACUGUACAAGACACGGUCGAACGUCUUAAAGAACUUACUGGUGGUAAGUCUCCUCCAAAGAAAAGCAUCAAAGAUGGCACUUACAAAAGGCGUAUCUGUAAUGAGAUCGAUAAGCUGUUCCCAAGAGAAAUCGAGCUUUAUACGUCUUUUCUCAAACAGAAAAUGAAGACAGCUGAAGAACACAAUGUUAUACCCAAGGCAAACUUCUAAAGGAACUUGUGAACGUUUCCGUAGUUUAUCUAACUUUGAGUCAAGAGAGAAAGAACUAGAGCUAUCUAUGUGUGUCACCUGCUAUUUCUCAGUGAAAGGAUUUGUUUAUGAUACUGCAGAAGGGACCUGAAGAAAAAUAUAGAGGUGAUUAGCCAAGCGCGUGAACUUUGCCAUUUCAUCAAGUUGACGAUUGCUUGAGGCUAGAGCAUUCAAUAUGUUAAGAUUUGGUUGAAGCUGGUGGCAUAGAACAUUUCUAUUUAUGUAGUUUUCUAGUAUUAUUAACAGGUUGUAUGAAACACUGAUUGACUAUAAUAAACGUACUAGUACAAAAUUGGGCAUGAUAGAGCUUUCGGACA